GAUAAGCAGAGAAUGGGGCUUUGGAUCUUGGCAAUUCUGACAGUUCUCAUACAUUCCACAGCAGCCGCAUAUACUAAACCAUUCUGGGGCCUGGAAAAUGAGGCUUUGAUUGUGAGAUGUCCUAGACAAGGAAGAUCUCCUUACCCUGUGGAUUGGUAUUACUCAAAAACAAAUGAAAGUAUUCCCACCCAGAAAAGAAAUCAUGUAUUUGCCUCAGGGGAACAUCUUAAGUUUCUACCAGCCAAAGUCAACGAUUCUGGGAUUUAUACUUGCAUUGUCAGAAGUCCCACCCUCAAUCGUACUGGACACGCAAAUGUCACCAUACAUAAGAAACAACCAGAUUGCAACAUUCCAGAUUAUUUGAUAUUUUCAACAGUAUUUGGAUCAGAAAAAAAUUCCAAAAUAUAUUGUCCUACAAUUGAGCGCUAUAAUUGGACAGCACCUGUUGAGUGGUUUAAGAAUUGUCAAGCUCUUCAAGGACAGAGGUACAGGGCACACAGGUCAUUUUUGGUAAUUGACAAUGUGACAAGUGAUGACGAAGGUGACUACACCUGUAAAUUCACACACAAUGAAAAUGGAGCCAAUUACACCGUGACAGCCACCAGGUCAUUCGCAGUGAACAAUGAGCAAGGCUUUUCUCUGUUUCCAGUAAUUACAGCCCCUCCACACAAUGAAACAAAGGAAAUAGAAAUCGGAAAAACGGCAACCAUAGUUUGCUCUGCUUGCUUUGGGAAAGGCACUCAGUUCUUGGCGGCUGUCCUGUGGCAGCUUAAUGGAAGCAAGGUCAGGGACUUCGGUGACCCAAGAAUUCAGGAGGAAGAAGGGCAAAAGCGAAGUUCCAGCAAUGACAUGAUGUGUCUAAACACGGUUCUGAGAAUAGCCGCCGUGAAGGACGAGGAUUUAUCACUGAAGUAUGACUGCGUGGCCCUGAAUCUGCACGGCGUGAGACGGCACAGCCUCAGACUCAGGAGGAGAGACCCAAUUGAUCAUCAAAGCAUAGCUGCAGGAUGUAGCAUAUUGUUAAUUCUAAUCAGUGUCCUCGUGAUAAUCCUAAAAGUGUUCUGGAUCGAUGUUUUUCUGCUCUGGAGAGACAUAGCUAGACCUUACCAGACUAGGAAUGAUGGAAAGAUCUAUGAUGCUUAUGUUAUCUACCCAUGGAAGGACAAACAUAGUCCAGAGGGCGCCAGUCCUGCGGAGUACUUUGUUCACCAGAUUCUGCCUGAUGUUCUUGAAAAUAAGUGUGGAUAUAGCUUAUGCAUUUAUGGGAGGGAUCUGCUACCUGGAGAAGAUACAGCCACUGCAGUGGAAACCAGCAUACGAAAGAGCAGGCGGUACAUCUUUAUCCUGACUCCUCAGAUCCUGCACAGCAGGGAGUUCGCCUACGAGCAGGAGAUCGCCCUGCACAGCGCCCUCAUCCAGGGUGACUCCAAGGCCAUUCUCAUUGAAAUGGAGGCUCUGAGCAAGCCGGGUGGACUGCAGGUUGGGGAGAUUCAAGAUUCCCUCAGGCAUCUGAUAAAAGUGCAGGGUACCAUCAAGUGGAGGGAAGACCACCCCACCAACAAACAGUCCCUGAAUUCCAAAUUCUGGAAGCAUGUGAGAUACCAAAUGCCUGUGCCAAACAAACUUCCCAGAAAGACUUCCAGUUUGGUUUCCUUGAGUGCUCAGGGACAGUAGUGCUUGCUGUGAU